GGAAUGCAGCCGUCUUUCACGCCUUCAUACCACCUCGCUACACCAUGGUCGACGUUCAGCGCGCUUGGAGCUGGGCGUAUGACCUCAAAGGGUGGAAACAAUUUUGUCGUCGAUAUAUAUCUUUAAACCUCACCUGGGAGGGGCACGGUGUCGCUCUGGAGGGAGUGUAUUCUACACCCGGCGGAGACGUCAAUUCCGUGGACGUGGCCGACAACGAUCAGGUCAUUGUUACCACCCAUGCUGCAGGUGGCCUGAAGGUCACGGAUGCUCAUACCGAUCAGCUGCUAUGGGCUUUGUCGAAGGACUACGUUGCGCCGAACGCUAACUGUGCGUACUCAGGCGGUUAUCUUGUCAUCUUCCGCCGCUCGCCCCCGGGUAUCGAAAUCUGGCGUCGUCCAUCGGAUGGUGCCUCAGCUUCCCCCCAUCAGGCGGUCCUUCCAGGUCUGCAGCCGAUUCCGGAGCAGGAGCGAUGUGUGCCGGACGUUCUGGGUAACUUCAGGUUGAACCCGCACGCCUUCUUGGGGUUCGAUGGGACGAUCUUCGUUUUUCGCGUCCGGUUCCGAUUUCCGUACCUCGCCGCUUUCUUGGCCAUCGAGGGAAAACAUGGGCUCCACAUCUGGGACGUACGCUCUGGACACAAGAAGGGCCCUCUGCUGCUUCCGGUGUUUGAUAUCGACCUGAAUGCCCAGCGCCUUGUUGUCGCAUGCCAGCGCGGAUUGAGCUUGAUCAACUUUGAGUCUUCCGAGGAGAGCAACGACCAAUGGACCGAGCUGUCUACCCUUCACCCCACCGAUCCUGGAUUGCGCACGCCAGACUCCCGUCGUGCUGCCGCCUGCAAGCUUACACUUCCGUCGGACUCAAAGAGCGCAGCGAAUACCUUGACUUUGGCCGGAGGCAAAUUCGAGACGAUGGCGGCAACCCGCAAAGCGAGGGCGACGAAGAGAUCGUACAUAUUUAGUACGUUGAUACUCCGUCCAGCACCCCCUGUGCCGGCGAGCGCACGGGCCUUGGUGGCGUAUCAACCACCGGUGAUGCCCACCUUCAAAUCUGUGCGGAUUUCAACGUGCGGAAAGCACCUUGCGGCGUACACGGACGAAGAGUUGAUCUAUAUCGUGUGGGACUUCGAGCGCGUCCUGCACGGGCGGGCGACCUUUGACGAGGUCGCGUUUAGCUACGACAUGAGCGCCUGUGGUGCUUUGCUACAGAUGGAGUGGGCGCCGUUUGUAACGCGUCUUGUGGUCCAUGCGGAGAAUAGCGUCUUCGUGCUCAGCUUCGAUUUCCACCGACGCUGCGCAUUUGUUCGCCACUUGGACCACUUCGCCUCGCAGACGUCCGGGUUUUUUGAGCACUUCAGCCCGGCUUACGCAGGGACCCUCGCGGUAACCUCGAGUGGGAUCUGGAUGAGGCGCAGAACGCAGGAGAUAGCGGCGGCCUUGGGCCUCGAGGCACCCGACGAGACUCGAACUGGCUCGGGAGUAUGUUUCGUAGAUUUCACCGUCGCAUUAAGCGAACAGCAGGCUUAGGCGGCCUGAACAAGGUCUUCUGUUACCCUCCUGCGCCAACAUUCGAGUGUUCGGACGUACGAGGCAGAUCAGGCUUGCAUCGUGCUCUUGGGUCGCGAUAAGCGCCAAGGGGAAGAUGUCACCGUAAUACUAAUAGGUAGAUGAUAGAUACUGCACUGUCUUGGUACGGCCGAUCGUGAUGUUUAG